UCACUCGUUUCAUCAGUCAUCUCAGGGGAACAAAUUAAGUGCUGUAAACUAGCUUAUUCAAGGAUGAAUGGAGCCCCAAAUAUAUAUUUGAUGGUUUCACUGAUGAAAACCCCGUUGCGCUAGAGUUUUUGGCUUCUUUAAGAGAAGAGCAACCUAAACCUAGAAUGUUUGAUGUAAACGUGCAAUUAACUAAUCGCAUGGCAAACAAAAUGCAACCAGAGAAUACAUCAUCAGGCCAAUGUGAUGCAAGCAGCAUGAUUAGAGGGCAGCAACAGGAGGUUGCACUGGAGUCUAAUGAAAAACUUGAAGAAAUCGGUACUCCCGAGAAUAAUCCUCCGUCAAUGUCAUGCGUAGCUACUGAGGAUUCUACCAUUUAUCAGCUUUCUGAAAUUGGUCAGAAGGUUUCAACUGGAGGAUGGUUUGUUUCUAGAGGAGAAGCUGUUCUUCUUGCUCAUGAUGAUAAUUCUUGUUCCUACUAUGACAUUUCCAACUCUGAGGUGAAGUCUGAAUACAAGGCCCCAGCUGGCUUUCCAACUAAUUUAUGGGGUGAUUGUUGGUUAAUUCGUGCCCCUGGAAUAGAUGGAUGCUCUGGACAAUAUGUUGUUGCAGCAUCAGCAGGAAAUGCAUUAGAUUCUGGAUUUUGUUCCUGGGACUUCUACACGAAAGAUGUUAAAGCUUUUCUAGUUGUUGGGGUGAAAGAUAAUAGUUUCUCAGGCUCAUCAAGUAGAACUGGAUUUACUUCAACGGCCAGAAGUUUCCUUAGGACAUCAUCCUUAUUGGAAAGUCAAUCUUGUUGGUGCAGGCCAUGUGGACCAUUGUUGAUCUCCACAUUCAGCAGGCAGAAGGUUGUCAAUGCUUAUGAUAUUCGUGACGGUGAUUUGGUAAUGACAUGGGAAGUGAACAAUCCUGUUGCUGAAAUGGAAUACUCCAGCCCUCUCCAAUGGAGAAGCAAAGGGAAGGUGAUCAUAGCAGAAAGGGAAGCCAUUAAUCUUUGGGAUGUCAAUUCACUCAAUCCACAGCCUACUCUUUCUGUACCUUUUGUUGGCAAAAAAUUCUAUUCUCUUCAUGUGAAUAACACAGAUGCUGAGAUAGGUGCUGGUGCCAGAUGCAGAGCAAGCUCUACUGAAAUGGAUGGUAAUGACGGUGUUUUAUGCACUCAGGAUGGUGUUAAUGUGUUUGAUUUUCGAAUUUCUUCUGGUGUAGGACUUAAGAUAUUCAGGCAUGGUGGUGCUGAUGGUCUCUCUAUUUUCUCCCGCGGUGACUCCAUUUUUCUUGGGAGCACUGAAGGAAGAAUAUUCGCGAGGAGCAGCAGUCCGCGCUCGCAUAUUGAGCAUUUUUCGCUCCGUAAAGGCAGUCUUAUCACCAGUUAUCUGAUGCCAGGAUUUAAUUCUCAUUAUCAUCACUCUUUGAUCACUCAGGUUUGGGGAAACUCAGAUUUUGUUAUGGGCAUAUGUGGAAUGGGCCUUUUUGUGUUUGAUGCUUUCAAUAACAGUGGAGACACAGAUGUGGUGAAGGAUACUAUUGGUCCCAAUGAUUUAUUUCGUCCAACAUUUGAUUACAUGGAGUCAAGAGCACUUGUUAUAUCAAGGGAUUGUCUGGCAUUUUAGAAGUAUCUACUAUAG